UGAUGACGUCUUUUUGCUCCCGGAAGUGGUCCGUUGUGCUUGGGUAUUCCCCACGUGUAGAGAAGUGCUGGGGCUUCUAGUGCGCUCUCGCGGCCGAGUGGCGGCCUACUCCCUUAGGUCGUGUUUUAGACAUGGAGCACCUCCAGCUCAGCCUGUCGGGACUAGGCAUCAUCGCUCAGAGGAGCGGCGCAGAGCUCAGCCAGUAUCUGUCCAAGCAGAUAUGGACUCCCCAAGACCGAGAAUCUCUGCUAAGCAGUUUAGCACAAUUGCUCUUGGACAAGGAAUGCACACUUUUGGUUGGACGACAGCUUCGACCUUUGCUAUUGGAUCUUUUAGAGAGAAAUGCAGAAGCUAUAAAAGCAGGAAGUCAAGUCAAUCAUGACCUUCAUGAGAGGUUAUGUGUUGCAAUGAGCAAAUUGGUCACCAGUCACCCGGAUGUCCUUCCAUUUGCAUUACAGUAUUUUCAGACAACUUCACCAGUAUUCCAAAGACUCUUUCUGGAAAGCUGUGAUGCCAGUACAGUCCGCUAUGGGCGCCGACGAAUGAAACUACGAGACCUUAUGGAAGCGGCUUACAGAUUUUUGCAGCAGGAUAAAUCCUACUUUAAAGAAAUGUGGGACUGGAGCGUUUGUGUACCUCUGCUAAAAAGCCACGACUUGGCUGUCCGAUGGUACACCGCCCAUUGCCUGGCUUUGGUUACAUUGAUGUGUGAUGAGAACAAGCAGGCCUUUUUGAAUAAGUUGUUUGGUACAGAUGAGCUAAUGCAUUUCAAACUUCAACUGCUGGAUGAUCUGCACAACCAUGCCAUUGAACAGGGUCUUUUAUUAACCAACACAGAGAAGUCCUUGUGGUGUAAAAACAAGAGCCAACAGUACACACAGGGUCAAAUUGUAUCGAGUGAUCUCUGUUUACGAGUGGUGCCUGUUUGUGGAAUAUUACUUCCUAAACAAAUUUUGAAGAGCAAAGAGCAGGAAAUUCAGAAAAGUCCAAUCGUAUUAGUGGAGUCUACUUGUCGCAGUCUUCAAAGUCUUGCUCAGGUGGUUUCCUUUGGGAAAGCUGUGCUGUUGGAAGGACCCAUAGGUUGUGGAAAAACUGCAUUGGUGGAGCAUUUGGCCACAGUGACUGGACGUUUGAAAUCGCCUGAUAUAUUCAAAGUUCAGCUUGGAGACCAGACUGAUAGUAAGAUGUUGCUUGGAAUGUAUCGCUGCACUGAUGUUCCAGGAGAGUUUGUGUGGCAGCCAGGAACAUUAACACAAGCUGUUACUCAUGGACAUUGGAUUUUGCUUGAGGAUAUCGAUUAUGCACCUUUGGAUGUGAUAUCAGUGUUGAUUCCGGUUUUGGAAAAUGGUGAACUGCUAAUUCCGGGAAGAGGCGACAGCAUUAAAGUGGCUCCAGGUUUCCAGUUGUUUGCCACCAGAAGGUUACUAAGCUCUAGUUCUGGUGCUUGGUACAGACCACCAAAUAGCCAUGCCUUAUUGCUUGAUAAAUACUGGACCAAAAUACAAUUGGAUAACAUGAGCAGGAGUGAACUAAAGGAGGUGCUUCAAAAGCUUUUUCCCAAGUUGGAUCUUGUUGUUGACCGGUUACUAGACAUAUACAUUCAACUUACAGGCGAUAAGCAUCAAACAUUGUCCAUCCUUCACACUCCUAAUUCUUGCGACACCUCUUUUCCUGAAGGUCCAAAGAUAGAAGACAAGAAGCUAAAUCUUGAAGGUAGAGGAUUGUCACUAAGAGACUUACUGAAGUGGUGUAACAGAAUUGACUAUAACUUUGAUGGCACAUCAUCAAGCACUGCUUUGAAUAUAUUUCACGAGGCCCUUGACUGUUUCACUGGCAUGCUUUCUAAACCCAGCAGUAGACUCAAGAUUGCUGAAAUAAUUGGAAGCAAAUUAAAUAUUUCUAAGCAAAAAGCAGAAUUUUAUUGCCAGCUUUAUAAGCCAGAGAUUGCUGUCCGAGAGUUGGAUGUCUCUGUUGGAAGAGUGGAGAUGCUUCGAAAACAAACAGAUACAAUUCGUGUUCACAAGGAGAAGAUUACAUUUGCUGCCACUCGACCAUCCUCCAUAUUGAUUGAACAGAUUGCAGUGUGUGUUAAUAAAGGAGAGCCUGCUCUGUUGGUGGGAGAAACUGGCACUGGCAAAACUUCCACAGUCCAAUAUCUUGCUCAUGUUGCAGGUCAGCGCCUACGUAUUGUGAAUCUGAACCAGCAGAGUGAUACAGCAGAUCUCUUAGGAGGUUACAAACCUGUGGACCAUAAACUUAUAUGGCUUCCACUGCGGGAAGAUUUUGAAGAGCUUUUCACUCAGACGUUCUCUAGGAAGCAGAACAAAACCUUUCUGGGGCACAUACAGACAUGCUAUAGGCAAAAAAGGUGGCAAGACUUAAUGAAAUUAAUGCAGCAUAUUAUGAGAAAUGCCAUGACUAAGGUUCAAGAUGAAGAGUCUGAGUACUUGUUGAAAAGAAGAUGGGAAACCUUUUCAUUACGUCUAAAUCAAGCUCAGCAGCAAAUGAGAAUGACUGAAAAUACUUUACUAUUUGCAUUUGUAGAGGGAACACUAGCUCAGGCUGUAAAGAAAGGAGAGUGGAUUUUGCUGGAUGAAAUAAACUUGGCAGCUGCGGAAACUCUAGAAUGUUUGUGUGGUUUACUAGAAGGCUUAUCCGGAUCACUGGUUUUACUGGACAGAGGAGACACAGAUCCCCUGAUUCGUCACCCAGAUUUUCGAUUAUUUGCUUGCAUGAACCCUGCUACCGAUGUGGGAAAAAGAAACCUACCACCUGGAAUAAGAAAUCGGUUUACUGAGCUUUAUGUGGAAGAACUAGAAAAUGAGAGUGAUUUACAGAUCCUCAUUGUGGAUUAUUUGAAAGGACUAAAUGUAAAUAAGUCAGUUGUCCAAGGAAUUAUCAGCUUUUACUUGACCGUGCGAAAGAAGACAAUUGUGGAGCUUGUGGAUGGUACAGGCCACAGUCCUCAUUAUAGUUUACGAACUCUGUGCAGAGCUCUAAGAUAUGCAGCUUUAAAUCCAUGUAUCAACAUUCAGCGUUCUUUAUAUGAGGGAUUUUGCCUCUCCUUCCUUACACAGCUUGACAGAGCAUCUCAUUCAACAGUCCAGGGCUUAAUAUGCCGUCAUAUUGUACAGUCUGGCAACAUUAAAAGUCUUCUGAAGCAGCCUCUCCCUGAGCCUCAUGGAGGACGCUUUGUUCAGAUAGAAGGCUACUGGAUUCCUGUGGGGGAUAAGAACCCAGCAAUAGAUGAAAGUUAUAUCCUAACACCCUCAGUCAAGCUCAAUCUCCGAGAUCUUGUUAGAGUCGUCUCUGCAGGGAAUCAUCCAGUACUUUUACAAGGAGAAACAUCUGUUGGCAAAACUAGUUUAAUUCGCUGGCUGGCUUGCGCUAGUGGGAAUCAUUGUGUGAGGAUUAAUAACCAUGAACAUACAGACAUCCAGGAAUAUAUUGGCUGCUAUACAUCCGAUGCAUCUGGAAAACUUGUAUUUCAGGAAGGGGUUCUAAUUGAUGCAAUGAGAAAAGGUUACUGGAUCAUACUGGAUGAACUGAACUUGGCUCCAACAGAUGUACUUGAAGCUCUCAACAGAUUGCUAGAUGACAACAGAGAACUGUUCAUUACGGAAACACAGGAAGUGGUAAAAGCACAUCCACGUUUUAUGCUUUUUGCCACACAGAAUCCACCUGGCAUUUAUGGAGGCAGAAAGGUGUUAUCUAGGGCUUUCCGUAACCGAUUUGUGGAACUACAUUAUGAUGAGCUUCCAAGUGCUGACCUGGAAACAAUUUUGCAUAAGCGCUGCAACCUGCCACCAUCUUAUUGUAAUAAAUUGGUUGCUGUUAUGCUUGAGUUACAGUCUCUUAGAAGAGGAUCAUCAGUGUUUGCAGGAAAGCAUGGCUUUAUUACGCUCCGUGAUCUCUUCCGCUGGGCUGAGAGGUACCGUCUGUCUCCGCAAACAAACCACGAAUAUGACUGGCUUCAGCACUUGGCAAAUGAUGGUUUUAUGCUACUGGCUGGAAGAGUAAGGAAACAGGAAGAGGUGGAUGUUAUACUGAAAGUCCUAAAAAAGUGUUUUAAGAAAGAUGUGGUGCCACAAGCCCUCUUCUCUGCAGAAAAUGUUCAGAAGCAAUUAGAAAGACUAUCUGUAAAGACUGGUGUUACCGAUGAGAAUUUUUCCCAUAUUGUAUGGACCCAGGCAAUGAGAAGACUUGCUGUUCUUGUGGGUCGAGCUUUAGAGUUUGGAGAACCAAUAUUACUUGUUGGUGAUACUGGGUGCGGGAAAACCACCGUAUGCCAGCUAUUUGCAGCAUUGUCAAACCAAGCAUUGUUUUCGGUGAACUGUCAUCAGCACAUGGAGACCUCAGACUUUUUGGGUGGACUGCGGCCUAUUAGACAUAGGUCCAAAAGUAAAGAGGAUAUAGAAAACACAAAAUUAUUUGAGUGGCACGAUGGUCCUUUAGUGUUGGCUAUGAGAGAAGAUGGCUUUUUCUUGCUGGAUGAAAUCUCUUUAGCGGAUGAUUCUGUGUUGGAGAGGCUGAACAGUGUUCUUGAAGUUGAGAAGACAUUGGUACUGGCUGAAAAGGGAAGUGAAGAGGAUGACGGUGAUGUUGAGUUCUUAACAGCUGGGACUAAGUUCCGAAUUUUGUCUACAAUGAACCCUGGUGGUGACUUUGGAAAGAAAGAGCUGUCUCCUGCCCUACGUAACAGAUUUACAGAAAUUUGGUGCCCACAGAGUAAUGAUCGGCAAGAUAUAUUAGACAUAAUUAAACACAAUCUGAAUGUUCGAUUAUUUCUUGACUCCACCGACAGCAGUGAUGGUGGUAUUGCUGAGCUGAUUAUGGAUUUCAUUGAAUGGCUGAUCAACCAAGAAUUUGGUCGCCGUUGCAUACUUAGUAUUCGAGACAUACUUUCCUGGGUGAAUUUUAUGAAUGUCACAGCAGAUGAUAUGUCGGUUAAAGAAGAUGUUGGGACAACUCUUAAUGCCGUUAUGGCUUUUAUACAUGCCGCAUGUUUGGUGUACAUUGAUGGCAUAGGAUCAGGUACUACGUUUUGCUCUGCAGAGGCUGCUGUGUCAGCCAGACAAAAGUGUAUGCGUUUUUUGCAUGACCAGCUUACUUCUGUCAUGGAGAUUAGCGAAGAUGUGUUAUCGGAGCUUCACAUGUAUGAGAAGUCCAAGGAGCGAAAAAUUAGUUGGCUUGGUGAAUCUUUUGGAAUCCAUCCUUUUUAUAUCCCUCGAGGUCCUAAUUUUGAAGGAGAAGAUUUAGGAAAUUAUGCUCUUGAUUCUCAAACCACUUCAAUGAAUGCACAGAGACUAUUGCGAGCCCUGCAACUGCAGAAGCCCAUUCUGUUGGAGGGGUCACCAGGUGUUGGCAAGACUAGUCUUGUAGCUGCGUUGGCCAAAGUAUCUGGAAACCAUCUUGUGCGAAUUAACCUUUCCGAACAAACGGAUGUGACUGAUUUAUUUGGCACCGAUUUACCGAUCGAAGGGGGCAAAGGUGGUGAGUUUGCUUGGCGAGAUGGUCCUUUUCUGUCAGCCUUAAAAGCUGGACACUGGAUUGUAUUGGAUGAACUCAAUCUUGCUUCUCAGCCGGUACUGGAAGGAUUGAAUGCUUGCUUUGACCAUCGGUCUGAGGUGUACAUACCAGAAUUAGGCAUGGCAUUUCAAGUGCAACAUCAGAAAACAAAGAUCUUUGGUUGCCAGAACCCUUUCCGGCAAGGAGGUGGUCGAAAGGGACUCCCACGGUCUUUUCUGAAUAGGUUUACACAGGUGUUUGUGGAUCAACUUUCAACAUGUGAUAUGGAAUUCAUAGCCAAUACCCUCUUUCCCACCUUGGGUGAAAUUGUUGUUUCUAAAAUGGUUGCUUUCAACAACCAGGUUGCCCUGGAAGUAAUGACUCAGCGAAAAUGGGGUCAAAAAGGAGGACCUUGGGAGUUUAACUUGAGGGAUCUGUUCCGUUGGUGUCAUCUUAUGCUGCACGAUCAUUCACCAGGAAGCUAUAAUCCAUCUCAACAUGUGUUUUUGGUCUAUGGUGAACGAAUGAGAACAAAAGAAGACCGGCAAAUGGUAAUUUCUGUGUUCAAGCGGGUGUUUGGACAGGAUCAUGUUCCUUACUUGGGGACUCGGCAGUUUUACCUUACACCUCAGAUUGUGCAGGUUGGCUACUCGUUUCUUGCCCGGUGCACGGAAUAUCCUCCUGCUUCACAAACAAAUCUGUCUCUUCUUCAUCAUUCUCUACAAUCACUUGAAGGAGUUAUGAAGUGUGUGGAGAUGAACUGGAUGGUUAUCCUCGUGGGUCCUGCAGCUUCAGGGAAAACUAGCCUUGUUCAGCUUCUGGCUUUCCUGACAGGCAACAAGCUGAAAGUUAUGGCCAUGAAUAGUGCUAUGGAUACUACAGAGCUCCUCGGUGGAUUUGAACAGGCGGAUAUAAACAGACCAUGGCAGCAGCUCCUAGAGAAGGUAGGAAAUGCAGUCACAACCCUAGUAAGAGACGGUCUCCUUGCUUCAGACCUCUCUUCAGAUGAGACAGAAAUUUUAUUGCGAUCCUGGAGCCAUCUGAACCUUAAUCACAAGCCCAAAACAGUAGCAGAAGGUGGCAGAGGCAUUACUACAGAACUAUUUAACAAACUAGAGACAGUUCUGCUGCAAAUCCAGAGACUGAAUGGAAAACUCAACUCCUUUUCAAAAGCAGAGUUUACUGCCAUUUUGGACCAUUUACACUACUUUAAGGACCAGCUUCUUAAUUCAGUAGAGGGACAGAGCAGUGGGACCUUUGAGUGGGUGGAUGGAAUGCUGGUUCAAGCUCUACAGUCUGGGGACUGGUUACUUAUGGAUAAUGUCAACUUUUGCAGCUCCUCUGUACUGGAUCGCCUUAAUGCACUAUUGGAGCCUGGAGGUGUUCUCACUGUAAGUGAGAGGGGAGUCAUUGAUGGAAGUACUCCAACUAUAACACCACACCCGAACUUCAGGCUGUUUUUCUCAAUGGAUCCUUCCCAUGGGGAAAUCUCCAGAGCUAUGAGGAAUCGGGGUAUUGAAGUUUUUCUUUCUGGAGAUGAUGGAGUCGUGUUUGAUUCUUUUGACAUCAAGAAUUUAUUACAUGGUUUUGGCAUUAUUGGAGACCACAUAUGCAAUGCUUUGAUAGCAGUGCAUGCUGACAUCAAGGAAACUGUAGUUGGUUCCCCUUGCAGCUCUCUGUCUUACCUGCUCCAUGCUGCUGCUCUGAUAUCCCAACAGCUACAAAGAGGCCUUGGGUUGGAACAGGCUUUUCAAAGAUCUUGUAGUGAGGUGUUCAUUUACUCCCAGCGCUCUCUCUUGGCUCAGAAGCAGGUGCAAGAAAUUAUUGAAAGACAUGUUUCUAGCCUUGCACCUAAAGACAAAAGCUGUUUGUUAUCAGUCGGUCUGUGGCCAGACAAAGUGCCUUCUGCUCUUUUUUGUACUGAAGAUUCUCAGUUGUCUACUAUUCUAAGGGAUGGACAAGUUCUCCUUUAUGUGUUGAACCGACACAGUUUACAAAACAACAGGACUUACCCUCUUGCUUUGCAAGAUCUUGAAAAGAUAGGACAAUCCUAUCCUUCAGACAGCCUUAAUUUUGAUGCUGUAGAGUUGGAAGCUCAGUGGAUGGAUGACCCUGUGGUUAUUCGGCAGUCUGUCCAACUCAUUUUGGAGAAAUCUACCUCAGUAGACUGGAUGCUAAGGAUGCGUUGGCUGUGCCACUUGGCAAAGGUUCUUCCUGAGGAAAUGGAUCAGAUCCAUACGGAGAUAGAUGCUGGAGCACAUGCUUUGAGCAAAUUUUACUCUAGUCCAUUACCUAAGGAAAUGAGCAGCACACUGAAACUCAUUCAGACAUUCAUUUUAGAUGACACUUGCAUUCCAUUUGAUCUUCGCUGGAAUAUGCAAUUAUUGGACUUUGUGAAACAUUCCCUUAGCCAUGACCCAGGCAUGGAACCUGAGAAAGAACUAUUUAGCAUGUUAGACAAUGUCACAAACAGGGGAUUGGUUCUUCUGAACCGGCAACGUCAAUCUUAUAUUGAGAUCCAUUCAUCUAAAAAACUGAAGAGAGGAAGUGCUUUGAAAAUUGCUGUAGAUUUUCACCAAGAUCCAGCUGUUCACCAUGACCUUCCUCACCCAGUGGUCGCCCAUCUUGUUGCAUUUUUUGACCUAUGGGACAUGCUUGUCUUUGAGUGCCUUCAGUCCAACCACACUCCACUAUCUAAUGAAGCUACAAACGAGUGGCGUGAUCGAUUCAGGGUUGUCCUGAGGACUAUUGGAUUGGAGUCAGCUGAUUUGGCCCUGCUAACAUUUCAUUGGCAAUGGUUGGCAAAGUACUCCUUGAAGCCAAUUACACAGCUGUUCCUUGGACAUGAGCAUCAAAGGCUUUCUCAGGAAGUCCAGUCUGUUUCUGAGAGUAUUCAGGAAUGUCUCUCAUCCACACAAAUGCCUCCUAGUGUAAAGCUGCUUCAGAAAAUUCUUGGCAGACCUCUACCUUUCAAGGAGGCCUCUGUGGUACAGUGUAUGGAUAAACUGAAAGCUCUCAGCAAUUCCCUUAAUGUAGUUGAUCUGAGACCAGCUAAAGGAGAGAGCAGUUGCCAGCGUGACUUCUAUAGAUUAAAAGCAGCUAGCUCUGAUUGGGAAACCAAACACAAAUUGCUACAAGAAUGGACAUCUAUCCUUCGUGCAAAUCAUCAAGAAGAUGUGAACACUGAGAGACUCUCUGUGUCAGUGGAAAUACUGAGGUCGCAUAUGAAGGAGCAGAAAAUUCCCUUACUUUCUGAUGAAAAAGGUAAUGAAGAGCAAUCAUAUACUCCAAUGGACCAAAAGGAUUUAGCACAGCUUUCAAGUGAAGUUCAGAUGUGGCCAAGCAUGGAAUAUCUCAUGCUGCUUUGGCAGUACAAACUGGUGACUGACCUGCUGUCACAUUCUUACUAUGUAAGAAAGAACAUGCAGUCUGACUUGAAUCAGCUGGUGUCAUUUUGUUUGAAACAUACCUCCUUGCCUUCGCAGCAUGUUCGCGCUUUCAACUUUCUUACUCAGCAUUCUGAGAUUACUUCUGGGGAUGUUGCAUUACUAUGGUCCGAGCUUAUAUGCUGCGUAUUUUCAUCUUUCUGGGAUAGCACUGUGAGCACUGAUCCAGAUUACUGGUUAUCCUGGAAACCAACCUCAUCUCCAGAUGGAAGCACCACUCAAGUUCUUCUGGAACCUUCUGUGAAGGGUCCUGCCAUCCUAAGUAGAGCUGUGUUCUCCAAAUGCUUCUGUGAAGUUCUUUUGAACAGCAGCAAACCGGUACCAUGGGAUUUGGGCUGGAAUCUGACCUCCCAUGUUAGCCUGGGAGAGGAGACUGAGAAAACCCACCAACUACAAGUGAUCAACGCAACACUUUGGACAAAUAUGGCAGUUUCGUCUUUGGCAAGCUUUAGGAACACAGAUUCUAGACUUCAAGGUCUUUUAUUAUAUCACCACUUUGUUGCUUUGAAGGACCUUGUGCCCUCCACUAUCCAAGAAGAGUUCUUACAGUAUUGUGACCAUCUUCCCUCAAAAGAUCUCUCUGCAUAUCAUUACAUCCAGGACAUACUAAGAGACUGGUCCAGCCAGGAAAAGUUGCCUGGAAACAUCAUUAAACUUUUGUUGACCUCCUUGCAGCAGUUUUAUGCCGAUGUAGAUGAUUCAGUUCGGGCCGCUGAGGCUUCCCAUCGAGGAUCCUUGUGGAUUAACUUGGGCUUGCUACAGAUUCACCUAUGGCUGCCACAAACUACAUUUGACCCAGCAAUUAAGAAGAAAUACAGAUUGCAAUAUGCCGAAGAGGAGUUACAUCACCUGGAGUACGAAUACAAAACAAGGAAUUUGUCCAGCACUCUACUGACAGGAAAGGAGCUCAUAGAUGAGGAUUUAAAGAAGCACAUUCAUCCACAUAUCAGUGUUCUACUACAGAGAAUUCAAAAAUUGAAAGCAGUGGUUCAUAAUCUUUCCAAAAAGCAAGCUUAUCGUCCAAGUAGCUCCAGCUAUGACGCAUUGUACCAAGAUGUCCAAAAUUACCUCAACAGCAUUGGCAAAAUGACUUCUAUUCAGGACUUCACUACUCGACUUCAGAAAGCCCUAGGUGGAAAGGGCACAAAAUCUCGACAAGGUCUUAAUAACCUCUUAUCGGAAGAGGCAGCAUGGCAGCGGUCACAUCAUCAGUUUAGAAAGCGCCUUGCAGAAGAUUAUUGCCAUUAUCCAGACAUGGUAACUCCCCUUCAGGCUGCUAUAUUGCAAGUUCAGCACGGUGUGAGGAUAAUGGCCUCGGAACUCUUUACCACAAUGAACAGUACCCUCAUUUCCCCAUCCAAGAUAACAAGUUUGCUCACCUCUCUUCUCACUUUCCCCUCCACAUGUGAUAUAUUUCCAACGUAUUUCUCUCGAGCGGAUAGCUUGUGUUCUGUUGGUUCACUUGAUAUUCUAAAAAGUCUUAAAAAACUGUCUCAGAAAUAUCCAUGCAAAGACCAGUCUACCCAUGCAAAGGAUCUAAGUUCCUGCCUCACUAAAGAACAGUUACUAAUCAAUGGUCUGCUUUACCUGCGUUCCCAUGUUCUUUGCAAAGGAGAAAUGGAUGAGCAAUCCUUGACGCUUUUUAGGCAUAUCAACCAGGCCAUUAUCAAUGAGUGGGAUGAGCAGGAGCAAAGAGUUAGAGACAGAGAACAGGAAGAGAACAGUCUUUUUAAAUACAAGACUAAGAGUAUUGGCUCAGGACUUUCAGAAGAUCAAGAAGAGGAGAAUGAAUUCCGUUUGCACUAUCCCACUUAUGAACAGGAUUUUGCAGAUAUAUCAGCACAGCCUAGUCUAGAAGAAAGUAUGGCGACAGAAACCAGUGAUGAAACAGAAGAUGAUAUUUUGGUGUCUGAAAAUUCAGCGCAGACUUUAAUACUUACUCACCAGCAGUUAUGUUUAAGUUCUGCCAAAUCUCUAUGGUAUCACCAGAACUCAGAGCAGCAUUAUACCAAACAUUACAUCAAAUUGUUCCUGUCAUGUUAUCAGACAAGCGGUGUCCUCAUUGAUAAUCUGUACCCCCUAACCGGCUCUGAAGUGAAUGAUAAUCUUCUGGGAAGUCAUUUGCUGGCCAGUACUCUUCUUCAGAACACAAUAUCUGGAAACGCUUCCUCAGAUAUUAUAUUGCAGCAAGAUGGUCCCUAUGACUUCUAUCAGCAUCCUAAUAUCCAGCAGGCUAGGAGUUGUCAUCUUGUGCUUAAUCAUUUCAUCAUAGAGAUAAACAAGCUACUGGAACAAUGGCCAGAACAUCCUGCUUUGGUUCAGCUUGUGGUUAUAAUUGACCGAAUUCAAGGAUUUCCAUUGUCCAGCCCUCUUUCUAAAUUCUUAAAUGGUUUGGAGAUGCUUCUAGCAAAAUCUCAGGACUGGGAGGAAAAUGCCAGCAGCAGUCUGUCUCUGCGCAGAAGCCUUGAUGAAGUUACACAGCUUAUUAUCCAAUGUCGUAAACUUGAACUGAACUGCUGGUCUUUGAGUCUUGAUAAUGCUGCGCAUCGACAUGCUAAAAAAUCCAACAAGCACUGGUUCUCUAUUUAUCAGAUGAUUGAAAAGUACUUGGAAUCAGACAAGGAACAAGAUAAGGACCGUGAAGAAUCUACUUUACAGUCUAUUACAAAGACACUUCAAGCAUUUAUUGAAAGUUCUUCUCUGGGUGAAUUUCACUCACGUCUUCAGAUGCUGUUGGUGUUCCACUGCCAUGUUUUGCUUGUGCUAGAGGAAGAAAAAAAAGAUCCUCUGUGUAGUCUCUUGUGGAAUCUCUUUCAUUACUAUAAACAAUUUUUGCCAUCUAUCCAAGCACGGAUUACUGAGUUGCGUAAUCCAGUGGAAAAAGAGCUGAAGGACUUUGUGAAAAUAUCCAAGUGGAAUGAUGUCAGCUUUUGGUCUGUGAAACAGUCUGUGGAAAAGACACAUCGAACACUCUUUAAGUUUACAAAGAAGUUUGAAGCAGCUCUUUGUCAAUCAUCUUGUCUUGCACUAAUUGAAAGUGUUCAAGAACAACAAAUGGAUUUUAAUGAUACCUCAACUGGCUCAAUGAUCAAAGGAAGCUCUGCACUACGGCUUCGACUUGCAUCUAUUCUGAAGGCUACUUUAACUGGAGCAAGUAGUACACCUCUAAGCUGUGGGGAGGAUGUUUAUUCUUCGGGGAGUCUUCAGCAUCGCCUGCCUAAAUUGACAAAGAAGAUGAGGAAACUGUGCACUACAUUUAUAAAGAAAAGCCAAAUGCCAGCAUUGUUUGAAAAUCUCAGUGACUUUAUAGAAGGUGUCACAGAGUCUGUGAAAGAGCUUCAGAAUCUUAAAGUAAACCAAACAGCUGAAAAGGAGAAACAGAAGUCUGAAGCCAAGAACAUCCUUUUGCAGAAGCAGAGAGCUCUUUCUGAACUUUUCAAAAUGCUAGCCAUAUGUGGCCUAUCCUACCGAAAAGGACUUUCUUGGAUUCGUACCAAGAACAAUCAGGAUAUACUCUGCCUGCACCCAUUGGAUGUGAACAGUGCUUUGACAAUCUCAAACGCAAUAAAGACCAGUGCUGAGUUGCUAGCAGAGAUCACAGUAACUUGGGAUGGAUGUCAGAAAUAUUUUUACAGAUCUCUGGCAGGUAUCUCAAGAUUGGAAACUGCACUUGUGUCUCCUGCAAAGGAACUUGGACUGGGGAACAUAGAGCGAUGCAAGGGUUUUUCUGGUCACCUGCUAAAGGUCCUUGUGAAGCAAAGAAGCUCCCUCACAGCUGUUACUGAACAGUGGAUUAUUUUUAGAAAAUUGUUGAGCAGCAUUCAGGAGAUCCAUUCAUGCUUGGAUACAUCGAAUGACUACAAGAUUGCUUUCCCACCUCAGGACGGGAUGCAACAAUGGCUUGACCGACUGCAGCACCUGAUUACACAGUGCAGUGUUGUACUGAAAGAGCUCUCAUUGUUUCUAGAGUGCUGUCCUGUAAAAACUAGUGAAAGUGAAGAUGGUAUAUCCAAGACAACAGAUUUGAACAUGCCAUCUCCUGCUACUGCUGACUGGCUGCCAAAGCUGUGCACCAUGCGCAAAUCAGACAAUGACUGGCAGCAGCUGAAUGCCUCAGUGACAAAAAUGUUAAAAGAAGUAAAGAACUCUAAGGAAGCUGUGGAUAAGCUACGACCACAGCCUGGUGGGGCUGCCUUUUAUUCUUGGACAAACUUUGAAGCUUGUUCAGCAGCAGUGGACACUAUGCAGGAGGUCGCUGUAGACUUGAGGGAUGUAGAGUUGCUGUUUGUUCUGCCAGAGACAGAAGUGAAGGAGGCUGCACAGCACAUGAUCUUUCUGAAGAGCAUUCACUACCUCAGAGAAGAGAUCCGUGUCGCAGGAAGGGAAUUCUCCUUGUGGAAAUCCCGUCUACAGGCGAUUGGACGAGCAAAGAGGAACCAAGAGUCUGAUGAAAAAUACGUCCAAGAUUUUUCAGACCAAGUGGAAGCCACCAUCAAAAAAAUUCUAUAUGCAAUUCAGACACUUGAGGAGAAAACCACUGGGAAGAAAAUGGAAGAAAUCAUAAAAAAAGAGGAAGGAGCUGAAGAGAACACAGUGGACAGCCUGCAGGAAGUUCUCAUUACAAGACUCCUGACUGAAGAUCUCUAUCGUGAUUUAAAAGCUUUGGAUGUACAGGCUGUAAUCUUUACAGUCACUGAGCUUCUUGAGAGACUUAAAACCUAUGGUGAAGACUGCAUCAAGGACAAGCACUUGUUUUUCAACCAAUGCUGUGGCUUGCUUGUCCGUCUCUUGCCAAUGGUGUCUACCUAUUCUGACCUGCUCCUGUUUUACCUUAAUGUGUCCUUGGCAACACAUAGGGAAACAGGAAAACUGCUUUCAGUUUUGACCCAGAUAUUCUCAGCGCUUGCCCAAAAGGGAUUCUGUCUUCCCAAAGAACUCAUUGAAGAAGCAGCUGGAGAGGGAGCAACGGAGUUUCAUGAUUAUGAAGGAGGUGGAAUAGGAGAAGGCGAAGGCGUGAAAGACGUUAGCAAUAAAAUUGAGAAUGAAGAUCAGGUUGAAGACGUUGUGCAAAAAGGCCAGGAGAAAGAAGAGGAUCCCAAUUCCAAGCCAGAUAUAAAAGAGGAAGAUGAUGGCAUUGAGAUGUCUGAAGAUUUUGAUGGGAAGGUGCAUGAGGGGGACAAAGAAGAACAAGAGGAGGAGGAGGAGGAUGAAAAGUCUGACAAUGAGGAAGAAUUGGAUAAACAGAUGGGAGAUCUUGGAGAUGCAGAAGCAGACAAGCUUGAUGAAAGACUCUGGGGAGAUGAUGAUGAAGAAGAGGAAAAUGACGAUGAGGAGGAUAAAACAGAAGAGCAAGGACAGGGAAUGGACACGGGAGAGUCUGAGCUGGUUGCAAAGGAUGACAACCAAGAUGCUGGAAAUUCAGAUAAAGAUAAGGACUUUAAGGAUGAAGUUAAAAAGGAGCAGGUUGAAGAUGGCCAGAAGGAUAAAAUUCAUGAACAAAUUGAUGAGCGAGAAUAUGAUGAUAAUGAGAUUGAUCCUUAUCAUGGUAAGCAAGAUACUCAGCAAGAACCGGAAUCUCUGGACCUUCCUGAUGACCUGAACUUGGAAAAUGAUGAGGGUAAAGUCAGUGGCGAUGAAAAGGAUGAGGAGAAUGGAGAAGAUGGAAAUCCUUUUGAUAUUGAUGAAAAGCCAAUGGAAAUAGAUGAAGAAAAUAAAGAACAAGAAGAUGGUGAAGGGAAUUCUGAAAAAGAGAUUCAGGAAUCUGAAGAAACAAGAGAAGAGCAAGCAACUGAUCAGGACAAUGAGGAGCAGUUGCAAGAGGAGGGUCCACAGAAAGCAGAGGAAGAAGUUGAGGAAGCUGAAGGAAAAGAGAAAAUUCCAGAUGCUGCAAAAGACAGUGAAAAUGAAAAUGAACUACCAACUGAGCAAGGUCUCACGCCUCAGAAUGAUGAAAAGUCUGAAAAUGAGUUGCAAGACUCCACUGAAAGAAUGGAGCAUGAAACAUAUGGCAAGACUGCAGAGGACAACCUGCAAAGUGAUGACGCUGCUGAAUUGGCUGGUGCUCCUUCAGAAAAGGAUGAAGCCAAAGAAGAACAUGGAGAUGGAUCUGCUGAUGCAAGUCAGUCUGAGGGACAUGAGUCCAAACUAAUGGCCCGUCUGGCUUCUCAGAAGCAAAGUGUGCGUAAUACACAGAGCAUCAAACGUAAGCCCGGCCAAGCAGAUGAUGAUCGCACUUUAGGGGAUCAGAAUGAGCAGGCUCAUAAGCGGUUGCGGACUAUGGACACUUCCAGUGAAAUGGGAAAUGAGGACAAACAAGCACAACAAAAUGAAGAGGCUGAUGCUUAUGAGCAUAUCAAACAAGGAGCAGAGUCCUAUGAUGCACAGACAUAUGAUACAGCCAGCAAAGAUCAAGGGAAAUCCCAGCCACAUAAUGAGGAACAAGACGACAGUGCUGUGCAGGAUGUGGAAAUGGAAUCAAAAGAAGAUGAAACUUUGGAAGCUGUUAAUGUGGAGCGCCUAAAGCCAGAGGAACAGAGAUCCAAUGAGUCCAUAAAACAAGGGUCUGAGGAAACCAAAUUAGACUUGCAAGGAGCAACAGUAGAAGAUGAUGUACAGAACAAAGAUGUUGAACCUACAGCUGUGGAUAAAGAAAAACAUGAGAGAAGCACAGAAUCUACUAUUCAUACUGUCUGGGAGUUUUUAAAAGAAGGAUCUGCAAUGACCCCUGAAAACCCGGAAGAGCUUAGAAGAGAGCUUGAAAAACAGCUGGAAGAGUGGCAGAUGCAUCCUAUUGGGGAUGCGGAGGAGGAGAAAGCAGCAGCUGAAAUGUGGCAGAGAUACCUCCUGCUCACUGGUUCUCUGUCUCAGCAGUUGUGCGAGCAACUGAGGCUCAUAUUGGAGCCAACACAGGCAGCCAAGCUGAAAGGUGAUUAUCGGACGGGAAAGAGGCUGAAUAUGCGGAAGGUGAUUCCAUACAUUGCCAGUCAGUUUAGAAAAGACAAAAUUUGGCUGAGGAGAACAAAACCCAGCAAGCGUCAGUACCAGAUUUGUCUAGCUAUUGAUGAUUCUGCCAGUAUGGUUGAUAACCAUUCUAAACAGCUGGCAUAUGAAGCAUUGGCUGUGAUUGGAAAUGCAUUAACUCUACUUGAAGUGGGACAAAUUGCUGUGUAUAGUUUUGGAGAGAGCGUCAAGCUUUUACAUCCUUUCCAUGAACAAUUUAGCGAGCUGUCUGGAUCCAGGAUCCUCAGUCAGUGCAAGUUCCAGCAAAAGAAGACUUUGCUUGCCCAGUUUUUGGAGUCCUCAGUCCCCAUGUUUGAAGCUGCGCAACGGUUCUCUCUGGGCACUAAUCCAGAAACUGCCCAGCUCCUCAUAAUUGUGUCGGAUGGACGAGGAAUAUUUGUGGAAGGAAAGGACCGUGUCACAAAUGCCGUACAAGUAGCCCGCAAUGCAAACAUCUUUAUUAUAUUUAUAAUCUUGGAUAACCCAACGUCCAAGGAUUCCAUCCUGGAUAUAAAAGUGCCGAUUUUUAGCAAUCCGAAAGAAAUGCCAAAAAUGAUAUCUUAUAUGGAGCAAUUUCCAUUUCCAUUCUACAUCAUUCUUCGAGAUGUGAACUCCCUUCCGGAAACCCUUAGCGAUGCCCUCAGGCAGUGGUUUGAAUUGGUGACUACCUCAGAGCAUGUGUAAUCUAUGUCUUCAUACGUGCACAGCAGUCUGAGCUUUACACCACUUGUCUGGAUAAGAGACCAGAAGAGGCACCAAGGACCCUUAUACAAAGCAACAUCCUGCAGUUCCAUUGAGUUUUUCUGUGGCCUGCAGCUCAGGUCAAGUAAUUUCAGCAUUGCAACAAGCUCUGCACUCAGUGACAUAAUGUACCUCUUGGCUAAGAAAAUCACAUACCUCCAGCAAGUUAAGGGAUACCAUCAGCUUUCCCUCUAUGUACGUUAACAAAACACUGUAUCAUACAUCUUUCCCACUGCUAAAUGCAGUAAAGACUGUAAAGUAAUAUAAUAUGUAGAGGCGUAGACCAUGUUUGUAUCUUUCUCGUUCUAAAAAAAACAAAAAUCAAUGUUUUAUUAUUGAGUUUUUUGUUUUGUUUUUUUAGUAAGCCAAAGUUCACUUAAACAUUUGAUCAGAGAACUGAAAUAUUUCUAGUUUAGUUGUGGCCUAAAUUGUCUAUCCAUCCUCUGUGAAAUGUAUUGUUGUAAAUGGCGACAUUAUACUGUGAAGUCUGCACAUUUUGUAUAAUAUUAUUAUUAUUAGGACGUAAAGGUUUGACAGAAAUCUACAAUACUGUUUUUCUAUCCUAAUAGCUAUGCAGCCUAAUAAAGAUCAUUCUUAAUAA